GUUUCAACCAACGGCCACGAUUGACUUAUGCCCAUAGCUCCCUUAAGCUUCUCGAAGCUCCCUGGGUUGGAGCUCAGAGAACGGUCUCGAGAUUGAAAAAUGGCGUCUCUGGUUCGAUCAGCUACUCUCAGAGCACUGAAACCACUUUGCAAUGUCACCCUAAAUGACGCCGUCCUCCGCCGGUCCCAAACCCUGAGCGUGCGGGCUUUCUCCACGACCUUAUCGCCGCCGUCUAAGGCGGUGGUAUACGAGCAACACGGUCCUCCCGACAGGGUCACCAGUGGGGGCUUUUUGGUUGGAAGAGUGAUAGAAUUACCGCCGGUUGAAGUGAAGGAGAACGAUGUGUGUGUGAAAAUGUUGGCUGCUCCUAUCAACCCUUCUGAUAUUAAUCGAAUUGAAGGGGUGUACCCUGUGAGGCCACAAGUUCCAGCAGUUGGAGGAUAUGAAGGCGUAGGAGAGGUACAAUCAGUCGGGUCUGCGGUUAAAGGUCUCUCGCCUGGCGAUUUGGUCAUCCCAUCUCCGCCUUCUUUCGGGACAUGGCAGACUUAUAUUGUGAAAGAUCAGAGUGUAUGGCAUAAGAUCAAUAAAGAUUCACCCUUGGAAUAUGCUGCCACUGUUACGGUUAAUCCUUUGACUGCUCUAAGAAUGCUAGAAGAAUUCACCACUUUAAAGAAAGGAGAUGCUAUUGUUCAAAAUGGAGCUACAAGCAUCGUGGGGCAGUGCAUUAUUCAGCUUGCACAGCAUCGUGGUAUCCAUAACAUUAACAUAAUAAGGGACAGGGCUGGAUCCGAUGAAGUAAAAGAAAAACUCAAAAACCUUGGUGCUGAUGAAAUGUUUACAGAGAGUCAGCUGGAAGUUAAGAAUGUCAAGGGUCUUCUGGGUGGUAUACCUGAACCUUCAUUGGGAUUCAACUGUGUUGGAGGCAAUGCUGCUUCUCUGGUUCUUAAGUUUUUGGGGCGUGGUGGAACUAUGGUAACAUAUGGUGGAAUGUCUAAGAAACCUAUUACUGUAUCAACUUCAUCUUUUAUUUUUAAGGAUCUUUCCUUGAGGGGAUUCUGGUUGCAGAAAUGGAUGAGUACAGAAAAGGCAUUUGAGUGUAGAGUUUUGAUAGAUCACCUCCUCGACCUAGCACGGGAAGGGAAGUUAAAAUACGAAAUGGAGCUGGUUCCUUUUGACAAAUUCAGUGCUGCACUCGACAACGCGCUUGGGAAACAAGGAAGCCAACCGAAACAAGUUAUCAAUUUUCAGCUUUAAGCAUGACGUAAGGCUUUUGUUUUGGCGAUCCUUGGUUUUAUUAUAAGGUGGUGGAUUUUAUUGCGUUAGGAUUUUACGUCAUAUAUGGGAUCUCCCGGUGCAUAAUGUAAUUGUUAGAACAAAUGGAAUUGGACAUUUACAGCAUUUACUUCCUGUUGGAAUGAAGAGUACAAGACCAUAAUGUUGAGCUGCUUCUUUCAAGUCCUUCAUCCCUUCAACAACAGUAGAGCAUCAUGUGGGUCAAUGUUUUCGCGAUGGAUACGUAUUCAAGUUGUAAUAGUAAAAGAGCGGCGGCUGGUGGUGGUGGUGGGUGGUAUGGAAGUGGAUGAGAAGAUUAUAGUUCAUCAGAAGCCAUGAUUCGAGUUCAGUGUCCGGAUCAAGACGACCGGUAUGCUAGAUUGAUGAAUGCACUCAAAAGGAUUAGGGUUACAAGUUUACCAUGCAUGCAAGCAUGUCAAUUGUCAAAGAGUUGAUGAUUCAAACAAGUGGAGACUUGCUACUUUGAAAACCUAGCUAGCCCUUUUAACA